AUGCACUCACACACACACACACACACACAUCUUCAUCCACAUCCACAUAAAAGGAAAUCAUUGCGUCUGUGUGUGUCCUGUCAGGGAUCCCUUGUUGGCCGAUGUCCUCAUUCCCCUCACAUCAACGGCUUCAUUGAUUCACCUUGCAUGCGUCCUCAACUGUUUGGCCUGUUUACGACCACUCUUCUUUCCUCCCUUUUCUCAGACGAUGGGUGGUUGGGUGGGCUGUGUGUGUUGGUGUGUGUGGGGUGUGCGCUGAUGCGGCAAGGUACGUUGUUUACCGCGAUGACAGAGGCAACCGAGUGGUACACAGCGAGAGCGAGGGAGGGAGGUCCCAACGAGGAUCGACUUCUUCUGUGGUUUGGAAGUGCUAUGGGACUGAGGCUCCGUAGCCCUGGCCGAACACGCUCUUCGUUUGUUGACGCUUUCCUUGUUUCUGGGGGGUUUCGUGACGAUACGAUGCAGCGCGAUCGGUCGCUAGAAUCAAGCCACGCUGCAGGGUGGCCGCACGGAACACCACGAAGAUGGAAGACGUCGAAGUUAGCUCUCUCUCUCUCUCUCUCUCUCUUUUGA